GAUAGGACUGGCAAUCAAUAACUGAGUGAAUCAUUCAUUUAUUCAUUUGGUAUUUACUUCUUAAGACAUAACAAGAAUGGCGACCAUUUUUCCGACCUAUAACUUGGCCUCAACACCUUCCUCAUCAUCACAGGCAUCACUUCCACCUUCAUAUGCCAUUACAGUCCACGACCACGUUCUGCCUCCCGGAUGGCAGUGCAAGUACGACCCAAAGACAUCCAAAUACUAUUUUCUCAACGAUCCGCCGCAACACACAACCGGUUCACAGCACUGGGACUUUAAAAAAUAUGGACACCAGAGUUGCCAUUCUUCGCGCAUCUCUUCCCCGUCUCAUACAUUCACUUCGUAUGGAAAGUACUUUCAGCCAUUUACGUCCCGACACAAAGUCUCGGAUUCCGUUCCGCACAAGAUAUGCCAGCAGUUCCCACAAGUGGACGAUAAUUAUAUCAAUCAUUUAAUGAAAAUUUACCACAGUCGGGAAAACCUGGUCAUCAGUGCUCUGUUGGCUGAGGGCUAUACGCGAUCAUUCAGUUUACCUCCCGAUGAAACACUAUUUUAUAAACUUAAGAAUUAUUUCCCAGUAGUAGAUCCAGAACUCAUUCGCCAUAUGCUUAUUAAACACGAUAAUGUUGAGCAUGAAGUGAUUGGUGCUAUAAUAGCGACGUUAGGUCCAAAUCACAUCCGAUAUCAAAGUACAGCUCUGUGCCCGGGAUCGCCUAAAAUGAAGCUCAGAUACCUGAAGCUCAUGUAUCCCGAAGCAGACGAAGCCAUUCUCUUUGACUUAUUAUACAAUUGCGAUCAAAACGCAAUGGAAGCCAUCAAUCGGUUGGAGAAAAUGGGUUAUAAGCGCAGCGAUACUUCUGGACGAAAGCCAAGUGUUAAGCCACUGGACACUGAUUUCAGCAAAACUAAAGCACUUCGACCACAAACAGCGCCCAUUAGUUUCAAGACUACUUUCUUUCCGCCCAAUACAACAGAAAAGCAAAAAUUGAUAAAAGACUUGGAGGAAGAGUUCCCACAAGUCGGCUCAACAUUAAUUAAUAUGGCGUUAGAGUCGAGUGGUUUCAAUCAAGAAAGGGCCAGAAUAUUCCUGUCGGCGAUGACACCACAAGACUCGUCCAAAUAUCUGCCCACAGAUAUUAAGUCAGUGGAGAUGUCACCACUUGUGGCCCGUUAUUGUCGCGGAACACAAACCAACUCUCUGUUGGACACAAUCACCGGAACGCCCAUUAAAAUUGCUAAAAGAGUUGCCGUUAAAGUAACGAAAGGCACGUCCACUACAGAAGACGGCAUUUUUGUGGAGGAAAAGAAAAAGCCGGUCGCGAAAGGAUCUGAUCCUACAAAUAGAAAGGGACCAAACAUUUUCAGCCUAAUAAAAUCAUACUUUCCGUGGAAAGGAUCUGAUUCCAAAAACAAGAGCGGAUGCAAUCCGAGUAAUAGGAAAGGUCCGGAUCCUAAUCUCAAGAGUGGCUCCAAAACAACAGCUAAAGGCCCGCAACAGUCCAAUAGGAAGGGAGCGCUCGGAAGACUCAUUAAACUGAACAGAAAUUAA